AGCUGGGGAGGGCGCAGAAAAUACACCAGGAACUGAGCCCGACACACGUCCUAACUCUACAGGCGGGGAAACACGCAGGAAAACAGAAGGAGGGGAGGAGAAGUUGUGAAGGUCGGAUGAAGGGCGCAGGAAUGACCGCCAUGGCCAGUCGCUUCACGGACGGGAAGAUUUCUCAGGAGCUUCGCGACAUCACCGACGACACGUACAAGGACCUCCGCAGACCCAAACGCGUCCGAUUUUACAAGAACGGAGACCGUUACUUCCACGGGAGAAAGUUCCGCAUCACCCCACAUCGAUAUCUGACAUUUGGGGAGCUGCUACAGGAUCUCAACAAGGUUGUAAACCUGCCGUACGGAGUAAGGAGAAUCUACACGCCGAUCAGCGGGACCCAGAUCACGAGUGUGGAUGAGCUGAAGGACGGACAGUCGUACGUUUGCGCCUCGUUCGAGCGCUUCCAGAGGAUCAAGUACGGCUCCGAGGAAUACCGCGUCGACUGGAACGCAGGAUACGGCGCUAAAGCGAAAAACCCAAUCCAGGAUCCGAGCCACUGGUCGACCGGCAAGUACUCACUCCACAACGAUUACAACCCCCGCGCCACGUACCCCCCUAGCACCGGGGGGAGGAGUUCCUUCGGCCGGGCCCCCCAGUCCGGGUCGGGGACAUUCGGCCCCCCCAAACGUACAAACAGCCACACCGUCCAUUCCGACAACAGCCCGCUCAAACCCAAAGUCAUCACGGUUGUGAGAAACGGCGACCGCCCGAGAACUAAGAUCACGAUUCUGCUCAAUCGUCGGUCGGUCCAGACUUUCGAGCAGCUGAUCGCGGAUAUAUCCGAGGCGCUCGGUCAGCCUCGCUGGAAAAACAACCACGUCAAGAAGCUGUACAACCUGAAAGGGAGGGAGGUGAGGGGCAUCGGGGAUUUCUUUCGAGAGGAUGACAUGUUCAUCGCGACCGGAAGGGAACAGAUAACCACGAGCGACGUGCAGGACAUUCUGGAGGAAGUUUUCCCGGACAGUCCGUACGCUCAGAACCUGGUCAGAAGAAGCCAGGGGAAACAGAAGGCGCGCCGACAAAACAACCACGACUUCAGACACGACGGAAUGUUGGAGGUGGACAGGGAACGGAGGGAGCGAAUGAGCAGGGUGGAGAAGGAGAGAGAACUCGCCCGACAGAUGGAGAGAGAAAGGGAACGAGCGAAGGAGGAUGAACGAGAGAAAGCAAGAAGGUGGGAAGAGGAGAGAAGAAAGAAGGAAGAGAAGGCGUUAGGGGAAAAAGUGAAGAAAAGAGACAGAAAAAAGGGCAACCAGGAUGAUUUAGCGGAGUACCGAGUGUGGAUGGAACAGAAGGAGAGAGAGUGGCAGAGAGAGAUCGAGGAGAGAGAGAGAAUGUGGAGGGAAGAGGAGAGGCAGUGGAGGGAGAUGAUGGAGGAACGAGAGAGGAUGUGGCACGAUGAGGACGAGCAGCGGAGAAGAAGAUGGAGAGAAGAAGAUAUCGAACGAGAGAGAAGAAUCCGGGAGGAAGAGAUUGAGCGAGAGAGAAGGAAGUGGCAAGACGAGUUGGAGAGGGAACGACGGAGGAGGGUGGAGGAGGAACGACAGUUGGAGAUAAUGCGUGAUGAAGAAAGACUCCAGCAGGAGAAGGAGCGAGAGAGAGUGAGAAAGCAGUGGGAGGAGGAGGACAGAAGGAGAGAACGAGAGAGGCAGGAAGAGAGGAGAAGGUGGGCGGAUGAGGACCACAGACCGGCGGGCGGGCGGUGGAAACCGGAGAGACAACAGAACGGACACAACUGGUCGGACGACGAGGACUUAUCCCGGCUGCAUGAUGGUUUGGAGCGGGGGAGAAACUUCCAGAACGGUCCGCGGGCGAAGUCGUCGAAGGACCAGCAGGCUAAGAAAGCGAAGAGCCGAGCGUUUACGAUGGGAGACGACACGAAGGGCUACCGACCGAAGACCUGGCUGUCAAAACACAAGGUGGACCCGCGGAAGCAGGUGACAGAGAAGGAGAUGAAAGCUCGUUACGAAAUCGGGAAAACGAUCGGGGACGGGAACUUCGCGGUCGUGAAGGAGUCGAAACUGAAGAACACGGAUUCGGAGUACGCGCUGAAGAUCAUCGACAAGUCCAAGCUGCGAGGAAAGGAGGACAUGGUGGAGAAUGAGAUCGCGAUCAUGAAGCACUGCCAGCACGAGAACAUCGUGCAACUGUUCGAGGAGUACGAAUCUGAACACGACAUCUAUCUGGUAAUGGAGUACGUGAAGGGAGGUGAUCUGUUUGAUGCGAUCACAGAAAGCGUGAAGUUUACGGAAAGAGACGCGGCCUCCAUGGUGAAGGAUCUGGUCAGCGCUCUGGCGUUUCUGCACAGUAAAAACAUCGUCCACAGGGACCUCAAGCCCGAAAACCUGCUGGUCCAGAGAAACCGAGACGGCAGCAACACCCUGAAGCUGGCGGACUUCGGCCUGGCCAUGGAGGUCAUCGAACCCAUCUUCACCGUCUGCGGAACCCCCACUUACGUUGCACCUGAGAUUCUGGGAGAGGAAGGUUACGGGCUGGAGGUGGACAUGUGGGCGACUGGUGUGAUCACGUACAUCCUUCUGUGCGGGUUCCCACCCUUCCGAAGUCUGGAGAGGGACCAGGAGGAACUGUUCCAGAUUAUCCAGACUGGAGAGUAUGAGUUCCUGUCGCCUUACUGGGACAACAUCUCCGACUCUGCGAAGGACCUGAUUAACCACCUGCUGGUGGUGGAGCCUCAGCAGCGGUACACGGCCCAGCAGGUCCUACAGCACCCAUGGAUACGCUCCGAGGGGAACUUCAAGACUGUCCCAAACCUUCAAAGAGAAAUCACCUUGAACUUGGAGAAGAACUUCAAGCACAGGCCGAGGAACGGACACAUCUAAGAUACCAGGUGCAUCCUUAAGACUAUAUCAAGACAAAGUGUUGUCCUUCAGCAAGAAUAAGUAAAUAUUACGGUACAGUACUUAAGCUGGUGCAAUGUACCAGCAAUAUCAUCACUUACCAUGACAGAAAGAUAUAAUAUCAAAACCCAUGUCCUGCAGGACCCAUAUAUAUAUAUAUAUAUAUGGGUUGCACAUACAGUACCAUAUAUAGCGCCCUGUAUAGGUACGAUU